AUAAUAAUUGUGAUCGAAGUGUAAGCAAGAAAGAGAGAGUAAUAAAUCGGUGAUUGAAAUAUGCAGACGGGAAGAAACGCAGCAGCAUCAGCCAAAGAAGCUGCUUCAAAUGUUGCAGCUUCUGCCAAGUCCGGCCUUGACAAAACCAAAGCCACCAUGCAAGAAAAGGGUGAGAAGAUGACGGCACAUGAUCCAAUCGAGAAGGAUAUGGCAACACAGAGGAAAGAAGAGAAGAAACAUGAAGCUGAGAUGAACAAACAGAUGACACAUGAGCAAAAUGAAGCAUCCAAACAAGAGAGACGACAGACUGGUGCUCGCACUGGCGGGGUUGCUGGUGGUCAUGAUGUUCGUUCAACUGAACUAGGGAGUGGUGGAGGAUACUAAUUAAUCAAAAGAGAGUAGUAAAGAGUCUGUCGUUAAAGGUUAAUUCAGUGUGUAGUUUAGAGUGGUAGAUGUUAGUAAGGUGUAUUUGUGGUGGUGUACUAGCUAGUAGCAUCCCUUAUCAAGUAGAUGUUUAAUUGUUUAUCGAAGAAGUCUGCGUCGUGUUCAUGUAUUGUUGUUAAUGUGUUUGAAUUUGAAAGUUUAAUAAG